CCUCAAUUGUUCCAUCUUUGAUUUUGUACUGAGCUGGCAAAAAGGGACAUCCCCUUAUCAACAUCUGAAAUAUUUUGUAACAAUCAGGGAUUUUUCUUUUUACAUCACUUCAUGGUGUCAGGAAGUGAAACUUGACACCACAUGUUGAAUAAAUAACACCCAUCACCACACAAGGUAUCCUUUUUGUGUCGUCUCCUCCUCACACAGCACUGUGGUGUCGGACACAACUAUAGUCCAGCAGAAAAGUUUCCUCCAGAAUGUCAGAUACAGCAGACUCCCUCACAUCUAAAGAGACACAGGACGCUCCUGGUUAUGAUGUGUCAUCACCACCACCACCACCACCACCACUGUCAUACUCCUCCGAAGGACAGCAACCUCCACCCUACUCUGCAGCCCUGGCAAUGUGCCCUCCACCCAAAAUCGAGACAACUUGCACCUAUCAGCCUACCACUGGAUACGAUUCUUUCCCCGACGUCAGCCCAAAGGCCUCGUCGGACACAACUCCACUGAAAUCCUCAUCUUCUUUUGAUGACAAGACAGUGAGAAGAACAUUUAUUAGAAAGGUGUUCAGCAUCCUGGCUGUCCAGCUGCUGUUCACCUUCAGUGUGAUGUGUGUGUUCACCUUCUCUGAAGUUGAGGAGAUACAGACCGACAUGUGCCUCAGCUCCUUCAUCAUCUUCAUCGUGGCGGCCACCGCCCUCAGCUGCUGCAAGUCCUUCAGUCGGCGUCACCCCUGGAACACCGUGGGACUGGUUGUGGUCACCCUGUGCUUGUCACAUAUGGUGGGAACCAUCGCCUCCUUCCACGACACCACUGCUGUAGCCAUCACUAUGGGAGCAACACUGGCCAUUUCUUUCGCAAUCCUUGCAUUUUCUGCACAGGUCAGACAACCAGGCUGA